AUAGCUUGUACACAACGAGUCACAAGUUUUAUGUAGUAUAUUUUUGUUCUUUCGAUUGCUUUCACAAUUUUCUAUCCUCGACUGUCAAAAUGGCCGAUGCACUCUCCAGAGUGCUUGCGAGGUUGCAAAAUCUACCUGUGAUGUCUCUGCCCACAGAUUACCCGCGAUCGACUGGUGCUAAUAAACUCAUCGAAGCCGCUCAUCUGGCAGAUCUUUCAGAGCAGACCUCACUCAGUCUUUUGAAGCUUGCUCUUCAUGCUGAGAGCGAAGAUGGCGGAGAGGACGAGAAUAAAACUUCUGAAACUAAACCAUCGGCUUUCCAUCUAUUCCUCUCUGCUUUUCUCGUCCUCCUACACAGGUACAUGAACGUGCUGAGAACAUUGCCAAGAGGCAAGCGGUCAGCGCUCGGAGCCUGCUGCACGUGGUGGGUGUAACUCGGACGGUGAUCGCACUGCACGAGGAGGUAGGCGUAGGCAUGUUUUUGGUAGCAGUGGCGUGUUCCUAGUCUGUAUAGACUUCAUAUUCCCAUGAACCUAGUUGCGCCAACCCGACGUCCUAUGACAGGUUGAUGUUUGUCAAUCAUUCACUGAUCUCUUCCAGGCGAUUAAUGUUUGACGUCGCACAAUGCGAGGAUGACUCAAAGCUUUUAGAGGUUACGUUUCCCGCAUGAUGCACGACGCAAU